AUGAAAAUCACGGUUCCCCUUCUUGCUGCUGCCUUGCAGCUGGCAGGCAUUGCUACCGCGCAGGACGAUGCUGCCAUCGCCGCCAAUCUCGAAAAAUUCUGGUCGUAUGGCCGUUCCGAGCCUGUCUACCCCAGCCCUGAAACCAAGGGCUUGGGUGACUGGAAAGAGGCAUAUGCCAAGGCCAAGGCUCUCGUAGCUCAAAUGACUGACGAGCAGAAGAACAACCUCACUUACGGGUACACGUCAACCACCAAUGGCUGUUCCGGUAACUCGGGAGGUGCUCCUGGUGUUGGAUUUCCUGGACUGUGCCUGCAGGAUGCCGGAAAUGGUGUCCGCGGUACUGACAUGGUGAACGGAUACGCCUCCGGUGUCCAUGUAGGAGCUGCAUGGAACCGCGAUCUUGCCUACGAACGUGCGCACUACAUGGGUGCGGAAUUCAAGCGCAAGGGUGUCAACGUCGCUCUGGGCCCGGUGGUCGGACCUCUUGGCCGGACAGCGCGUGGCGGCCGUAACUGGGAAGGCUUCUCCAACGACCCGUACUUGGCCGGUUCCCUGACCGGAGAGACUAUCCGUGGUCUACAGGAGUCAGUCAUUGCCUGUGUCAAGCACUUUAUCGGCAAUGAGCAAGAGACCAACCGUAACCCUCCGAUGCUUUUGGAGGGCUACCACAACCAAUCCGUCUCGUCGAACCUGGACGACAAGACCAUGCAUGAGCUCUACCUGUGGCCCUUCCAGGACGCCAUCAAGGCCGGCGCGGGAUCCGUCAUGUGCAGCUACAACCGGAUCAACAACAGCUACGGGUGCCAGAACAGUAAGGCACUCAAUGGCCUGCUCAAGGGGGAGUUGGGCUUCCAGGGUUUCGUCGUCACUGACUGGGGUGCCCAACACUCGGGGGUCGCCGCUGCCGACGCGGGUCUGGACAUGGUAAUGCCUGACUCCGUCUACUGGGAGAAUGGUACCCUGGCUUUGGCCGUCAGAAAUGGCUCGUUGGCCCAGACCCGUCUGGACGAUAUGGCGACGCGGAUUCUCGCUUCUUGGUAUAAGUAUGCAGAAUUUGAGCAGCCAGGACACGGAAUGCCUGUCGAUCUCCGGAAACCUCAUGAGUUAACCGACGCUCGCGACCCCAAGUCGCGGUCCACCAUCUUCCAGAGUGCCGUGGAGGGACACGUCCUGGUGAAGAACACCAAUAAUGCUCUGCCACUCCACAAGCCCAAGUUCCUCUCUCUCUUUGGCUACGAUGGUAUUGCCGCUACCGGAAACACCAUGGACAACGUCACCUUUGGCCGCUGGGUCUUUGGACUGUCCAACACCCUGAACUAUCCCAACGGCAGCGCCAUCGAUACUAAGACUCAAAUGGACAUGUUCCUUUCGAGCUACGACCCCACAGCCGAGGGACCCGGCGUCGCCCUGAAUGGCACCCUGAUCACCGGCGGCGGUUCUGGAGCCACCACGCCCUCCUACAUCGACGCUCCGUUUGACGCCUUCCAGCGCCAGGCUCGUGAAGACGGCACCUUCCUUGCAUGGGACUUUGCCUCGCAGAAGCCCAUCGUGAACCCCGCCAGCGAGGCCUGCAUCGUCUUCGUCAAUGAGCUGGCCUCUGAAGGCUGGGAUCGUUCCUACCUGGCAGACCCAUACUCCGACGAGCUUGUCGAGAGUGUCGCCUCGCAAUGCAGCAACACCAUGGUCGUCAUCCACAACGCAGGCGUCCGCCUCGUCGACCGCUGGAUCGAAAACGACAACAUCACCGCGGUCAUCUACGCUCACCUCCCCGGCCAGGAUACCGGCGGCGCCCUGGUCGAGAUCAUGUACGGCAAGCAGUCCCCCUCCGGCCGUCUUCCCUACACCGUGGCCAAGGAGGCCUCCGACUACGGCAACGUGCUCCACCCCGUGGUACCCGAGGGCGAUCGGGAUCUCUGGUACCCGCAGGACAACUUCACCGAGGGCGUGUACAUCGACUACCGUGCCUUCGAGGCGCAGAACAUCGCGCCUCGGUUCGAGUUCGGUUUCGGACUCACAUACACCAACUUCUCCUACUCCGCGCUGGAAGUCGAGGUCGUCCCCGGCGCGAGUAUUGACUACCUGCCUCCCGGCUCCGCCAUCGCCGAGGGCGGCCUCCCCUCUCUCUGGGAUGUCGUGGCGACAGUCAACUGCACAGUGGCCAACACUGGCUCGGUGGAGGCCGCCGAGGUCGCCCAGCUGUAUGUUGGUAUUCCUGGCGCCCCGGCCAAGCAGCUCCGAGGCUUCAACAAGCAGUCUAUCAAGCCGCACAAGAAGAAGCACUUCACCUUCGACCUGACCCGCCGCGAUCUGAGCACCUGGGAUGUUGAGAAGCAGACCUGGGGGUUGCAGUCGGGAAGCUAUCCCAUUUAUGUGGGUAAGAGUGUGCGGGACAUCCAGCUCACUGGUACUUUGCAGAUAUGA